AUGACUAUAGCCCUUGGAAAAUUUACCAAAGAAGAAAAUGAUUUAUUUGAUAUUAUGGAUGACUGGUUACGGAGGGACCGUUUUGUUUUUGUAGGUUGGUCCGGUCUAUUGCUCUUUCCUUGUGCCUAUUUUGCCUUAGGGGGUUGGUUUACGGGUACAACCUUUGUAACCUCAUGGUAUACUCAUGGAUUGGCUAGUUCCUACUUGGAGGGUUGCAACUUUUUAACUGCCGCAGUUUCUACGCCUGCUAAUAGUUUAGCACAUUCUUUGUUAUUCCUAUGGGGUCCUGAAGCACAAGGUGAUUUUACUCGGUGGUGUCAAUUAGGUGGUCUGUGGACUUUUGUUGCUCUCCACGGGGCUUUUGGACUAAUCGGUUUUAUGUUACGUCAAUUUGAGCUUGCUCGAUCUGUGCAAUUGCGACCUUAUAAUGCGAUCGCAUUCUCUGGUCCAAUUGCAGUUUUUGUUUCUGUAUUCCUGAUUUAUCCCCUAGGCCAGUCUGGUUGGUUCUUUGCGCCUAGUUUUGGUGUAGCAGCUAUUUUUCGAUUCAUCCUCUUUUUUCAAGGGUUUCAUAAUUGGACACUGAACCCCUUUCAUAUGAUGGGAGUUGCCGGUGUCUUAGGUGCUGCUCUGCUAUGUGCUAUUCAUGGUGCUACUGUCGAAAAUACUUUAUUUGAAGAUGGUGAUGGUGCAAAUACAUUCCGGGCUUUUAACCCAACUCAAGCCGAAGAGACUUAUUCUAUGGUCACUGCUAACCGAUUUUGGUCCCAAAUCUUUGGGGUUGCUUUUUCCAAUAAACGUUGGUUACAUUUCUUUAUGUUAUUUGUACCAGUAACCGGUUUAUGGAUGAGCGCUCUUGGAGUAGUCGGUUUGGCUCUGAACCUUCGUGCCUAUGACUUUGUUUCUCAGGAAAUCCGUGCAGCGGAAGAUCCUGAAUUUGAGACUUUCUACACGAAAAAUAUUCUCUUAAACGAAGGUAUUCGUGCUUGGAUGGCAGCUCAAGAUCAGCCUCAUGAAAACCUUAUAUUCCCUGAGGAGGUUCUACCCCAAACUACGGGUUUCGCUUGGUGGGCUGGGAAUGCCCGACUUAUCAAUUUAUCUGGUAAACUGCUAGGAGCUCAUGUAGCUCAUGCUGGCUUAAUCGUAUUCUGGGCCGGAGCAAUGAACUUAUUUGAAGUGGCUCAUUUCGUACCGGAGAAACCAAUGUAUGAACAAGGAUUCAUUUUACUUCCCCACCUAGCUACUCUAGGUUGGGGGGUAGGUCCCGGCGGGGAAGUUCUAGACACCUUUCCAUACUUUGUCUCGGGCGUACUUCACUUAAUUUCCUCUGCAGUAUUGGGGUUUGGUGGUAUUUUUCAUGCACUUCUAGGACCUGAGACUCUUGAAGAAUCUUUUCCUUUUUUUGGUUAUGUAUGGAAAGAUAGAAAUAAAAUGACAACAAUUUUAGGCAUUCACCUAAUAUUGUUAGGUAUAGGUGCUUUUCUAUUAGUAUUUAAAUCUCUUUAUUUUGGGGGCGUAUAUGAUACCUGGGCUCCGGGGGGCGGAGAUGUAAGAAAAAUUACCAACUUGACCCUUAGUCCAAGCGUUAUUUUUGGUUAUUUACUCAAAUCUCCCUUUGGGGGAGAAGGGUGGAUUGUUAGUGUGGACGAUUUGGAAGAUCUAAUUGGAGGCCAUGUAUGGUUAGGUUCCAUUUGUAUACUGGGUGGAAUCUGGCAUAUAUUAACCAAACCUUUUGCAUGGGCUCGUCGUGCAUUUGUCUGGUCCGGGGAAGCUUACUUGUCUUAUAGUUUAGGUGCUUUAUCGGUUUUUGGUUUCAUUGCUUGUUGUUUUGUAUGGUUCAAUAAUACUGCUUAUCCUAGUGAGUUUUAUGGUCCUACUGGACCAGAAGCUUCUCAAGCUCAAGCUUUUACUUUUCUAGUUCGAGACCAACGUCUUGGGGCUAACGUCGGAUCUGCUCAAGGCCCUACUGGUUUAGGUAAGUAUCUAAUGCGUUCGCCCACAGGAGAAGUUAUUUUUGGAGGCGAAACGAUGCGUUUUUGGGAUCUUCGGGCUCCGUGGUUAGAACCUUUAAGAGGUCCAAAUGGUUUGGACUUGAGUAGGUUGAAAAAAGACAUACAACCUUGGCAAGAACGGCGUUCUGCGGAAUAUAUGACCCAUGCGCCUUUAGGUUCGUUAAAUUCUGUAGGUGGGGUAGCUACGGAGAUCAAUGCAGUCAAUUAUGUCUCUCCUAGAAGUUGGUUAGCGACUUCUCAUUUUGUUCUAGGAUUCUUCUUUUUCGUAGGCCAUUUAUGGCACGCGGGAAGGUCUCGUGCAGCUGCAGCAGGAUUUGAAAAAGGAAUUGAUCGCGAUUUUGAACCUGUUCUUUCUAUGACUCCUCUUAAUUAA